ACAUCCGGCGCAUCUUUAAGAGGCCCAGUCGCACGCUCGAUUCGCCAAUCCGCUCCGCUUCGACCACGAUCCUCCAGCUUUCCUUCCUCUCCAUCUUUUUGGCUCACCUUCCCCCCCAACCCCUUCCCUCGAUCGUCAUGCAGACGCUCGCAUUCGCGGCCAAGCUGCUCGCGGCAUGCUCGCUCGCCAUCUACACAUUCUCUAUGCCCUCCAACGCGCGACUAUUGGACCCACGACAAGCUAAUGGCUUUGUCUCUCCCUCCGUCGAUCCCUUCUACAGAGUGCCGGCCAAUAUCUCGAGCUACAAGCCUGGAGAUGUGAUUCGCUCGCGCAAGGUCUCGACGUACGCCACGUCGGCCAAGACGAGCUACCAGGUGCUGUACGCCUCUUCGCUCGCCAACACCACCACCUACGACGUGGCAACAGACGCUACCGUCACGACGCUGCUCUCGCCCUACUUCCCAGCAGCCGGACCGAUGAAGAUCUGGGGACUCGCCCUGCCCAUCGACUCGACCGGCAAAGACUGUCAAUCCUCCUUUUCUUUCCAGCUCGGCGCUCUAUCCAAAGCCAAAGUUACCGCCUUUCCAGCCAUCUUUGGUGUGAUCUCAAACUACGCCCUCAACAAGGGCUGGUACGUAUCGGUCCCCGACUAUAUGGGAAGCCAAGCUACGUGGAUCAGCGGCAACGGCGAAGGUUUCGGCAUGCUGGAUGGUGUUCGAGUCGUGGCCAAUCACAAGGAGACCGUCGGCUCAAAGUCCACCAAGGACGCCAAGAUUGCCAUCUACGGCUACUCGGGUGGAGCGCAUGCCGUCUCUUGGGCAGGUCAGCUUCACCGUUCGUACGCUCCAGCGCUCAACCUCGUCGGAGUCGUGUCUGGCGGUAUCCCCGUGGAUGUCAAGGAGAUGCUCUCCCAAUUGAACAAGGGCACGUUCAGCGGCUUUGUGCUCGGUAGCAUCGCCGGUGUAGCAGCAGCCACUCCAAAGCUGCAAACCUGGCUGGAUACCAACCUGAACGCGCAAGGCAAAAAGGAUAUCUACGCUACGAGAGCCACGGGAGGUGACUCUCAGUGCAUUCUCGACUUGCUGCUCAGAAACCUGAACAAGGACAUCAACUCGUACUUUGCCAACAAGGACUGGCAAAAUGAUCCUACCGUCAGCAGCUCCUUGGACGAGAAUACUCUGGGCUACGGAUCGGAAGGCCAGAUCCCCGGCACGCUGCCCCAGCUCAUCCUCCAGUCCCAGACCGACGAGAUCAUCUCGCCUGCCCAAGUGCAGUCCUAUGUCGACUCGCAGUGCGCGGGCGGUGCGAAUAUCAAUUACCAAAAAAUUGGCACUGGAGAGCACAUCGCUACCGCUUUCCAAACCUUGCCAAUCGCUCUGCAAUGGACCAGCGGUGUGCUGGACGGGACGCUGAAGCAGUCCGGCUGCCAAACCACCGAUACGCCCUUCUUGCCCCUGCUGAGUCAGAACAAGGACGCCAACAAGAUCCUGGGCGUCGAUAUCGUUAGCGCACUCAAAAAGUACGAAGGAACCGACUUUGGAUUCAACGGCAUCAAAUUCAAGUAGGCACAAGCAGGGCCAGCCCGUCCCCUUUGCGCGCAUCCGGCUAGCAAGUCCGGCCAUUGGACGGGCCCGCAUCACACCCCACACAACACUACCUACUCACCU